AUGACAGAUAAACCAAAUGAUAACCAAGCUGACGAAUGGAUACGUAUAUUAGAUAUGAAACCACAUAAAGAAGGUGGAUUUUAUUCUGAAACAUAUCGUUGUAAUGAUCAAUGUGCACUUGAACGUUAUAAUAAACAGAUUCGUUCAUGUUCAACAGCAAUUUAUUAUUUACUUAAAUAUCCUGAAUCACCAAUAAGUAUUUUUCAUCGUAUAAAAGCUGAUGAAAUAUGGCAUUUCUAUCAAGGUUCAUCAUUAAUUGUACAUGAAUUAGAUGAAGAAAAUUCAUCACAUACUGAACAUAUAUUAGGUAAAGAUUUAAGUAAGAAUAAAAAUGUUCGACCACAAAUUCUUAUUCCUUAUGGAAAAUGGUUUGCAGCUGAAUUAAUUAAAACAAAUAUAGAUGAUUUCAAUAAUAAUUAUGUUUUAUGUGGAUGUACUUGUACACCAGGAUUUGAUUAUAAUGAUUUUGAAUGUGCAAAAAGAUCAUAUUUAAUUGAGAAAUUUCCAAAUUUUAAAGACUUAAUUAUUCGUUUAACACCAUCCGAGUAA